AUGGACCCCGAACCUCCUACAACGCCUCCCCCCACCGCGCGUCAUCCUGCCCCCACGAACCCCAACCCGAGCGAUACGAGUAAACCGCAGCCGCCAAUACCUCCGUCCUCCCCUGCGACUGGCACCGCCACUGCAAGCCAAGAUGAGCGCGUCGUACGUCGUGUCUCGCGGAAACUACAGAAGAAGCGUCGCGGCGGCGAGCACGCCCCCACCAUGGAGCUUCCCGACCGCUUAAAAGAUCAUGGCGACCCGGCCGACGGGGAAGAGGAGGAGUUACGCCCUCAAGGAUACGGCGGCGGCAUGUUUAUGAACAUGAACCAGAGCAUAUUCGGUCUGAUUGCAGCCGCAGGGAGUCAAGCCGAUUUUGCAGAUCGCUUUGAGGGCCAAAGUUCAGACGAUGACGAUGACGCUGAAACUCCCAUGGCUAAAACCGUCGCUGGGGCAAAGGGGCUACGGGCUGCAUCCGCCGCGUCGCCUGCUCUCGCUCAGACGACGGUUCUCCCUCGGCGUGGCAAGGAGCGCCAAACACCCGACCACCAACAUCGAAGGAAGAUCUCGGAGAGUCGUCUCCUUAAGUCGGUGCCGGGGCUAGCGCGGCUCUCUGAUAAAAUCAAGUCCUCGAAGUCCCCGAAACCGAAAUCGAAUGUGCACGAGACCGUCCGUUUGAAGGAUGACGCAACAGAUGCGGAUUCUACACCGUCUUCAGACCUUGCACCAAGCAUCGAAAUCACCAGAACCGAGAGCAGGACUGCCCCCGUUAUGACCAGAAUGCUGGAAGCUCGUGCUGAAAUGGCGGCGCGGCCAAGCUUCGAUCUUGAGCGGAUGUCGAGCGAGCGGUCUAGCACAGCCGCCGGUGACACUGGCGAAACGGGGCCUACGGAGUUGGCGAAAAGACUCGCUGAGAUUUUCCAGUUCGACAGGCCCGAGGAAGUGAUACAGGAGUAUCCAUGUUGGCUCCUUCAGCAUGUCCUCCUCACGGGGUACAUGUAUAUCACAGCGCGGCACAUCGCGUUCUACGCAUACCUUCCCAGGAAAGCGCACGAAGUUGCCAAAUCGGGCUACCUAUCCAAGUGCGGCAAGAGGAAUCCCAAGUACAACCGCUACUGGUUCCGCCUCAAGGGUGACGUCUUGUCGUAUUACCGCGAUUCCCAGGACCUCUACUUUCCACAAGGCCAAAUCGACCUAAGGUACGGCAUUUCUGCGACUAUCACCGACAAAGACAAGGAAGGCGUCAACUUCGCUGUCGCCACGGAUAACCGCACUUACUACUUCAGGGCCGACAGCCCCCAGAGCGCCGAGGAGUGGGUGAAGGGCCUACAGAGGGUUAUCUUCAGGUCGCACAACGACGGCGAUAGCGUCAAGAUUUCGUUGCCCAUUGAGAAUGUUAUCGACGUCGAGGAGGCGCAAAUGCUGGAUUUUGCCGACACAUGCAAGAUCCGGGUCAUCGACAAUGAUGAGACAUACGCUAUUGAUGAGUACUUUUUCUCCUUCUUUAGUUUCGGCAAGGAGCCCAUAAACGUCCUCAAGAUCCUAGUCGAGGACGCCUCGUCGCAGGCGCAAGGGCCCAGCGACCGGGCAGACCCGAGUUCCGGUACGGACUCGUCGAAGAGGACGAGCAAUAGCGGGGCCCGAGAAGCAGCGCCUAAUCCUACUCUUCGCUCAAACAAGAUUAAUGAAGGCGUUAAGGCGACUCUCUCUCCGCUAUCCCCUCUGCGAGGGUCUUCGCCGAGCCCCCGACCGAGCAUAGACCGCCCGCGCAGCAGCUUUGAUGCUUUCCAUCCGUUCACAAGACGCAGCAUAGAUGCCAACCCAAGCUUGCAUCCAGAGUCGCCUCCGCGCCGCAGCUUUAGCGACAGCCGGCGGUCUCUUAGCAGGAAACGGCCCGGCGGCCACGAGCGACAGGAGAGUAGCGACUCCUACGUUCAAAGCAUGGGUGAUCCCAGCCAAGCAAGCCUGUCAGCCAUGAUGGCUUCGGCGAGCAGCGAAGACCCUUCGGCGAGCCAAAUCCUCAGAGGCAGCGACUUAUUCCACGGCCCAUCCCUCCAGCGUACGCAAAAGACUCAAGAUGGCAAGCAAAUGAUGUCCCCUCCUAGGCCGCAGCCAGUAUCUGCUGCGAAGCAUGUCCGUCACGCCGCUUCCACGGCCCGCACAACAGCGGCGUUGGUGGGCGAAGAUCCUGCGACAACCCCGGCCCUCCAGAGCAUUGCCACGAUGGGGGUUUAUCCAUUUCGCAAGGCCAAUGCGCUCAUUGGAUAUCUCGACCGGCAUUCUAGGCGCAUGAGUACACUUUUAGCUACAGAAUCCAUGGGCUACGUCGAGAAGGUUUCUGGCAUGUGGAAGGGCGGUGGGAAACACUACGACGAGCCCGCCGGCCUUCGGACCGACGAGGAAGAUGCCGACGACGACCCCGAGGAUCGGGUCAACUCCGAAGCCCGGUUCCAGGCCCACUUUGCCCUGCCAGAAACCGAAAAGCUCCACGCUGCCUACUUUGGACACUUGAUGCGCGUUCUCCCGCUCUACGGUAAGAUUUACAUCAGCGACCGCCACUUCUGUUUCCGUAGCCUCCUACCCGGCACGCGCACCAAACUCAUUCUCCCGCUACGGGACAUCGAGAAUGUGGACAAGGAGAAGGGUUUCCGGUUUGGCUAUGCCGGCCUGGUUGUCGUGAUACGCGGCCACGAAGAGCUCUUCUUUGAGUUCCACAGAGCCGAAGUCCGCGACGACUGCACCAUUACCAUUCUCCAGAGCCUAGAAGCGACUCAAUACCUACACGACUCCACCCUCAUAGACGGCGGCACAGACGCCGAAAAUGCCCAAGCUGCCGUGGCGGAGCACGACGCGCUCCAAAAAGCACGCACAGAAGAAUUCGCCGACCAUGAAGUUCAACUCCCCCGCGAGGCAUCCUCCACGUCGGAAGCCCCUACCAUUCUUUUCGACGACCCCAAGGCCUCCUUCCUCAACUUUAAGCCCGCCCAUUCUAUGCGAAUCACUUGCUUGACCAUCGGCUCCCGUGGCGACGUGCAGCCGUACAUCGCGCUCUGCAAGAAGCUCAUAGAGGAAGGCCACCGCCCAUGCAUCGCCACCCACGGCGAGUUCAAAGGCUGGAUCGAGUCGCACGGGAUCGAGUUUGCAUUCGUGGGCGGUGACCCUGGUGAGCUGAUGCAACUCUGCAUUCAAAACGGCACCUUCUCGCUUGCCUUCUUCCUCGAGGCCAACGCGAAGAUGCGCGACUGGCUCGACGAGCUGCUUCGAACCGCCUGGGAAGCCUGCCAGGGCAGCGACCUGAUCAUCGAGUCGCCCUCAGCCAUGGCGGGCAUCCACAUCGCCGAGGCCCUCGGCGUCCCCUACUUCCGUGCUUUCACCAUGCCUUGGACCCGCACCCGCGCCUACCCACACGCCUUUAUCAUGCCCGGUCAGAAGAUGGGCGGCGCGUACAACUACGUCACGUACGUCAUGUUUGAGACGGUGUUUUGGAAAGCGACGGCGCACCAGAUCAACCGCUGGCGCCGGCGGUACUUGGGCCUCCCGACGACCGGUCUCGAGAAGUUGCAGAUCAACAAGGUGCCGUUCCUGUACAAUUUCUCCCCGUAUGUCGUGCCCCCGCCGCUGGACUACAGCGAUUGGAUCCGCGUCACGGGGUACUGGUUCCUGGACGAGGGUACCGAAAACUACACGCCUUCCAAGGAGCUGGCGGACUUCAUCGCGGCAGCACGCCGUGACGGGAAGAAGCUGGUUUACGUCGGGUUCGGUUCCAUCCUUGUGCCCGACCCGGCCAAGCUGACGCAGGAUGUCAUUGAUGGUGUGCUGAAGGCGGAUGUGCGAUGUAUCCUCAGCAAGGGAUGGAGCGAUCGGGUCUUGACGAAGAAAGACAACGAAAAGGAGAAGGAUCAACUGGACGAGAAAAAGACACCCGAACCGGAGCUACCCCCGGAGAUCUUCCAGAUCCAGUCGGCCCCGCACGACUGGCUAUUUAAACAGAUCGACGCGGCGGCGCACCACGGCGGGAGCGGUACCACAGGCGCCAGCCUGCGCGCGGGCAUCCCGACGGUCAUCCGGCCCUUCUUUGGCGACCAGUACUUCUUUGGCGCCCGCGUGGAGGACCUGGGCGUCGGCAUCUGCCUCAAGAAGUGGGGCGCCACCUCCUUUGCGCGCGCCCUCUGGGAGGCGACGCACAGCGAGCGCAUGAUCGUCAAGGCGAAGGCUUUGGGCGAGCAGAUCCGCAAGGAAAACGGCGUCGACGCGGCCAUCAAAUGCAUCUACCGCGACCUCGAGUACGCCACACAAUUGAUCCGCACCAAAACAGGCAAGAACCAGACCCGCCGCAAGGCCGCCGCGGCCGCCACCGCCACCACCGACGGGCCCUCCUCGGGCGCCGACGCGGAUGCCGCCGCCGACGUCGACGACAUGCUGGACGACGACGAGGAGGAGAGCUGGACCUUUGUCGGCGGCGACCCGGACACCAUCGACGACCUCUCCGUCUCGGUCGAGGCCGCCAUGAUGAAGCGCACCGUGCCCGAUCUCGACGCCGUCUUGGGCGGUGGUGGUGGUGGUGGUGGUGGUGGUGGUGGGGUGGCUGCUGGGAAGGGGAGGGUGCUCUGA